GGUUAAAGUUUCGCGUAGCCAUGUGUGUUCCCACUUGAUGUACCACUAGCUAGGCUAUUUACAUUACAAAUAUGUAUACUGUAGCUAGCUACUUCUAACGUGCCAGGUCGCAAUUGGGACAUCCAUGUUUGAUGAUAGUUCGUGAGUGCAGCGUCUAAAAGUUUUUUUCUCUACUCAUUUUGCUAUCUUUAACGGAUGACUAGAAAAACUAGCUAGCGCAACGCUGUUAUUUGAUGCUAAGUUUAGUUAGCUCAGAUUAGCUUGGUGGGACUGAGGCAGCUGACCUACUUGCCUCCGUUACAGUUCACCCCAUCGCUUUGCAAGAUAUGCUGACAAUUCGUCCGGUAUUGAGUGUCUUAGCAAGUUCACGAUUAUUGAGAAUCAAUUGUAAAGUGGGAAUUGGUCAGAACUUGCGAGUCUUUUCUCCCUAGCUGUAUUCCAUCACCAGUUCGAGCUCGCGUGAUAUUGCCAUUCUUAAGCUCGUGCAAGCUCCUUGGAACUGACCCUUUGAAAGAUGUGCCCAACCUCUGAUCUGCCCUCUAAGAUAUGUGGAGGACAGAAUAUAAAAGGCAGACUUCUUGAGGGUUGCCUUAACAAGUGUGUGGGGUACCGUUGGAUGAUGAGCACCGAGUGUGAGAACAUGCAGACCGCCAAGUCAUUGAAGCGAGUGGAGGAAGGAAGCGGGGACUUGGGAGAGAAUGGGCACAUCUCAAAGAAGGUGAAAACUGAGGAGGAUCAGGCUGCUGAUGAGAAGAAAUACCCGAAAAAGAAAGUGGUUCUACUUAUGGCCUAUUCAGGAAAAGGGUACUAUGGCAUGCAGAGAAAUGCUGGAUCUUGCAAGUUCAUGACCAUUGAAGAUGAGUUGAUCAGAGCACUUAUUAAGGCUGGAUGCAUUCCGGAAAACCAUGGUGAUGACAUGAAGAAAAUGUCUUUCCAAAGAUGUGCGAGAACCGACAAGGGUGUUUCUGCUGCUGGUCAAGUGGUAUCGCUGAAACUGUGGCUGAUUGAAGAAAUUGUUGAGAAAAUCAAUUCUUAUCUUCCAGCGCAAAUAAGAGUGCUUGGUUUCAAGAGAGUUACCGGGGGUUUCAAUUCCAAAAACAACUGUGACGCUCGCACUUACUCUUACAUGCUUCCCAGUGUGGCCUUUGCUCCAAAGGACUACGACACCCAGAAUUCUUCCGCCUUCCGUUUAGAGCCAGAGACACUGCAGAGAGUCAACCGCCUCUUUGCCCAGUACAAGGGCACCCGUAACUUCCACAACUUCACAUCCCAGAAAGCACCCAAAGACCCCAGCGCCCGCCGUUACAUCACGGAGAUGUCUUGCGGCGACCCCUUCGUGCGCGGCGGCUCCGAGUUUGCCGUCAUCACUGUGCGAGGCCAAAGCUUCAUGAUGCACCAAAUCAGGAAGAUGAUCGGUCUGGUGAUCGCAGUGAUGAAGGGCUACGCCGGGGAGGAGGUUCUGCAGAGGAGCUGGGGGGAGGAGAAGGUGGAUGUGCCCAAGGCCCCGGGGCUGGGGCUGGUGCUGGAGAAGGUCCACUUUGACAGGUACAAUAAACGCUUUGGCGGGGACGGCAUCCACGAGCGGCUAGAAUGGACCCAAGAGGAGGACUCGAUCCAGGCCUUCAAGGAGGAGCACAUCUACCCCAGCAUCGUGCAGACCGAGGGCCAGGAAGGCUCCAUGGCCAGCUGGAUGGCCACGUUGACCCUGCACGACUUUGAGGCCACAGCUUCAGGGCUACGGGAGGAUAAGGAUAAGAAGCUGGAUGAAGAUGAAGGUGAUGGCUCAGACUGAGUCACAUGCCAGACAAACCAGGGAUACAAUGUACUUUACUAAUUUGCGGUUUAUAUAUAUACAAAUUGAGUUUUAUUUUAGUCAUAGGGGAAUGGUUAUAGUCAAUGGAAAUGAUUUGCUCAAUUAUGGAAUACAAAAAUAAACAAUUGUUCUUAUAAAGCCAG